AUGAUGAUGGAAAUGGAGGUGAUGCAUUCCAGUCAACAGGACAUGGAUCUGAUUGACAUACUGUGGAAGCAGGACAUCGAUCUCGGUGCCAGGCGCGAGGUGUUCGACUACAACCAUCGCCAGAAAGAGCAUGAGCUGCAGCGGCAGCGAGAGCUGGAGGAGGAGAAACGACUGCAUCUGCUCAGGGAGCAGGAAAAGGCCCUGCUGGCACAGCUACAGCUAGAUGAAGAGACGGGAGAGUAUAUACCACGCCCAGUGCCCAGCGCCCCGCUGCAGUCUGCUGUCACACCUCUAGAGCUUACACAGAAUGUCACCUUCACAGGAGAAAAUGGUGAUGCCAUGUCAUUUGAUGAAUGUUUGCAGCUUCUGGCAGAGACAUUUCCUGUAGGAGAAACAGAGGACACAUCAGUUUGCCUGGACGCAGCUGCUAUUUCAGUACCAAGCAACAGCAAUGUCAUGAUGUCCCCCGAACAGUCGACUCUGCUGGCCCCUUCACUCUCCCCAGAUCCACUGCCGCCACAGAGGAUGUCCCCAGAUUUGGAGCAGGCCUGGAUGGAGCUUUUGUCCCUCCCUGAGCUGCAGCAAUGCCUCAACAUGCAAAUGGAGGAUACACUGGAGACUACAGCUUAUCCUCUUCCAAACAGUCCAGAAGUACAGAAUCCAAACUACCCUUUCUACCCCAUGUCAGAGCUCACAAAUGGCAGCACAAACAAUGUAAAUGUUUGUCCUGCUGAAUUUAUGAACACAUUUGAUACGUCAGUCCCCAGUGUGGCUCCAUCAGACAAUCUCAACCAGAUGAAGGUUGAUGCUCCUCAGAUAAAUACCAACUUCAGUGGAGAACGUUUCUGUGACGUAUUUUACCCCAAGACUAUUCUGGCAGAGAGCAGCAGUCAGCCUGGCUUCGAUGAAUAUGAAAGCAACAACAUGUCCGAUGUCCCAAAUAAGCAGCCGUUCACCACGAUGGACCUUUACAGCCUCUCACCAGGAGAUGCAUUUGAUAGAGGCAAACAGAAUCUGGCAGCAGAAAUGCCAGACUCAGAUUCAGGAUUAUCAUUAAGUCCAAAUGCGAGUUCACCUGGAAAAUCUGUCUAUGAAGAGGGCUCCUAUGGCUGCAGUGAUUCAGAGAUGGAGGAGAUAGACCACAACCCUGGGAGUGUAGAGUCUGACUACGCUGAGAUGUUCUCAUUGAAUUUCAAACCUGAGGAUGUUCUGUCGGCUGCUUCUGUGUCCACACCAUCAGAUCAGCCUCAAGCGCAGCAGGACAAGAAACCUAGAAAACACAGGACACUGCAGGCAGAGGAGAGCGGCCACCAUGACGCUCCGUUCACCAAAGACAAGCGGAAGAAACGCUCUGAUGUGCGUCUCACCAGAGACGAGCAGAGGGCGAAGGCCCUCAAAAUCCCUUUCACUGUUGACAUGAUUAUCAAUCUGCCUGUUGAUGACUUUAAUGAGCUGAUGUCAAAGCACCAACUCAACGAGGCCCAGCUGGCCCUGGUCCGAGACAUACGGCGCCGUGGCAAGAACAAGGUGGCGGCCCAGAACUGCCGCAAACGCAAGAUGGAAAACAUUGUGGGGCUUGAGGGUGACCUAGACUCACUAAAAGAGGAAAAGGAGCGUCUGCUUAGUGAGAAGAGCCAGAACAUGACCAACCUGAAGGAAAUGAAGCAGCAGCUCAACAGCUUGUACUUGGAGGUCUUCAGUAUGUUGAGAGACGAGAAGGGAAAUUCUUACUCCCCGUCCGACUACUCCCUCCAGCAAUCAACUGAUGGUAGCAUCUUCCUCGUUCCUCGCAUUAAAAAGACUUUCAUCAAGAGCGAAGACAACCACUUAUCUACUUUGUAACAUGGUACUGCUUUAUCAUAGUAAUACUAUGCAAUAACUUUGUAGUUGCUCAGCUUUAAGCAUUAUUAGCUCAGCAGAACUAUUGUAUAGUUUUUGCUUAUUCCUUAUUAAAUGUUGUAAUAUUUUUGAUAUUUUACUUCUUUUAUACUUCUGAUAUCCCUUAAAGAUUCAACCAAUAUUAUUUGUAAAUAUGAACAUUACUUGCAUUUAAGUCACAAAAAUUUUAUUGUAUGUAUAUAUUUUGUAUAUAUUAUAUUUCUGUAUGCUUAAUGAUCGUCUAAAAUCAUUGUUACUCAUGUUUUAUAACUUUUCUCUCUUGAUUUGCUGCGCAGGUUCCUUUUUUUAAAUGCCAACUUCUGUGCUUUUCAAUAAACUGUUCCU